CUCCUUAUUUGCCUUGAAUCUUAGCAUAAAUUUUAUUUGUGUAUGGUGAUAUAUAAAGGUCUAGUUUCCAUUCUGCACUUUUGCAACAGUAAUUUUGCCCUCAGCGGUGUGCGUACACAAGCACUGACUUUAAUGAAAGUCAUUAAAAUAAAAAACACAGAAAUUAGCUGAGUCAUUAAAAGCUAAUCAGUUUAAUUGAAAGAUAAGGUUGAAACAGUACAACACUUUAGCUGAUUCAUAAUUAAAUUAAAUCACAAAUCAAAUCUUCUUACCGUGUUUUCCAGAGUAAUAUCUGAACCUGUUGUGCAUAUUACUUUAAUCUGCUGUAAUUGAUGCAAACCAUAAGCUGGUUUGACAUAAUAAAGUAUUGAUAAUCUAAUUAAAUGCUGAUGUGCUGUACAAUCUGUUGCUUUAUUUUUAACCAAAUUUUGGUGCGUAUGAUUGAAAUUUAAGUGAUACAUUUUGUUAUAUAGUUGGAGUCAAAUAAUAGUUUUUAAGCAAGUUGAAAGAAUGAUAGCAGCAUUGUUAUCCUUGUUUGUUCGUAAAAAUCAUAGAAUUGUAGAGUUUGAAGGGACCACAAGAGUCAUCUAGUCCAACCCCUUGCAAUGCAGGAAUAUUUUGCGCAAUGUGGGACUCGAACCCACAACCUUGAGAUUAAGUGUCUCGUGCUCUUCCAACUGAGCUAUCCCAUUUGGGGAAAGCUGCAGAUCACUGGUUGAGUUCAUACCUUUCAUGCAAAAUGUCCAAAGGUCAAUCCCUGACAUCUCCAGGUAGGGCCGGGAGAGACCACUGCCCCUAACUCAGGAGAGCUACUGCUAGUCAGUGUCAACAGAUGGACUAUUAGUCUUUCUGUUUCCCAGUUAUGGUCUGAAGGCACAUGAAGCAACCAACUUGCUAUAGUUAAGUUGUUCUGGAGUUGGUCAGUACCUGAAUGGGACACCUCCUAGAAGCCACAUGUGUGGCACCUUGAAUUCCACCUUGAGUUCCAUGAUGGAAGAAAGGCAGAGUACAAAGAGACACAGAAAUCAGUAGGUUAGAACUUGGUGCUGAUAAUGCCAAGGUUGCAGAUUCGAUCCCCGUAUGGGACAUCUGCAUAUUCCUGCAUUGCAGGGGGUUUAACUAGAUGAUCCUCAGGUCCUUUCCAACUCUACAAUUCUAUGACGAAAUGUAAGAAGAUAAAACAUUUAAAAACAUGUUGUCUGGCCAAACAUAUCAAUUCAGUCAAACAAGAUCUGCACGUUUAUGGAUCACUACAGAACUUGUUUACCAACAGUUGAAUUGGUGUACGCAUCAUGGACAAUGAUACUUCUUUUAUGCAUCUUUCAGUUCCUGGAAAACUAUUAUCUGUCUCCAAAAAUAGAUUGGAAUCAUGGUAUUCUACAAUAAACUAAUUGAAUAAACAUGCUUCUUACUUGUACCAGUUUACAUUCAGAGCUACACUAGAAAUAUUUAGAAGCUUUAUUAAUUCUUACAUCCUUCCUCUGAAUAGUUGAAAGCAGUAUUUUAUCCCCCAAAUGACCAUGGGAAUAGGCUGGGAGAAAAUGACUUGCCAAAGGCAUAUAUCCGGAUCAGAUCUCUUUCUUGGUGCAAGCUAUGUCUAUAACCAUUACUGUGACUGUAAGGAUCAGCAUUACUACCUAUCAGGAGACAAAAUCAAUGAUGUUCUCUGCCUUCCAGUAGAGAAGUUGUCUUGCAUUACACCAGUAUUGGCAUGUCAAGAUAGAGUCGUUAGAGUUUUGCAGGGGUCAGAUUUGCUGUAUGAAAUGGAAGUUCCAGGUCCACCCACAGUUCUGACUUUGAACAAUGGAAAUGGUGGUGACUCUGGUGAAGAAGUUCUGUUUGGGACAUCUGAUGGUAAAAUUGGCCUAGUAGAGAUCUCUGGUGUUUCUCCAGUAGAAAAGUGGAAAAUUGAAAAUGAGAAAAAAAGAGGUGGCAUCUUAUGUAUGGAUAGCUUUGAUAUUUUGGGAGAUGGAGUUAAAGAAUUGAUCAUCGGUCGUGAUGAUGGAAUGUUAGAAAUUUAUAACUUUGAAUAUGCAAAAAGCCCUAUCCUUAGAUAUGAAUAUGCCUUGUCAGAAAGUGUCACAUCUGUUCAAGGUGGCUGUGUUGGGAAAGAGGGCUAUGAUGAGAUCAUAACAUCAACAUAUUCAGGGUGGGUGUCAGGACUGACUACGGAGCCUACCCACAGAGAAUGUGGAUCAGGGGAUGGCUUAAAGAUGACUCAUGAAAUGCAGAACAAGGUUUUGUCCUUAAGGAAUGAAUUGGAACAGCUACAGAUCAAGGUACUUCAUGAACGUGAAAAAUACCAGCAGUCCUCUCAGUCCAGCACUGCUGUGUCAGCAGUCCCAACCUUCAGCAUAAAUGAUAAGUUUACAUUAAAUAGAGAUGAUGCAAGCUACAGCCUUGUUUUAGAAGUCCAGGCAGCAAUUGAUACUGUCUUGCUUCAGUGUGAUGUUCCAAUAGAUCUAAAGGAUGUGGAUAAAAAUUCAGCUGUGGUUAGUGUUGUUGACUGCGAAUCAGAGCCAAAUGGCAACUUCCUCCUUGCCACAUAUCGCUGUCAAGUAAAUACCACAAGGUUGGAGCUUAAGAUUCUAUCAAUUGAAGGUCGGUAUGGGACUCUGCAAGCGUAUGUAACUCCAAGAGUUCAACCAAAAACCUGUCAGGUUCGGCAGUAUCAGAUUAAGCCACUUUCACUUCAUCAGAGGACGCAUUGUAUUGAUCGUGACAGACCCAUGAAUACACUAACCCUCAAAGGCCAGUUCAGCUUUGCUGAAGUUCACUCCUGGGUGGUGUUUUGCUUGCCUGAAGUUCCCGACAAGACACCAAUGGGGGAGAGUGUCAGCUUCUACUUUCAGAACACCUUUUUGGAUACACAACUUGAAUGUACUUACCGGAAAGGCGAGGGCUACUUCAAAUCUGACAAUAUAUCCACAAUAUCCAUUCUAAAGGAUGUGCUCUCUAAAGAAGCCACUAAAAGGAAAAUUAAUCUCAAUAUAUCAUGUGAUAUAAAUGAAGUAUCUGUGAACCACACCUUAAAGCUAAUCCACCCAAAAUUAGAAUAUCAGCUAAUGCUGGCUAAAAAGGUUGAACUGUUGGAUGCUUUAAAAGAAUUGCAGGCUCAUGAAGGAAAUACAGACUUCCUGGUUCCAGAGUACCGCAGCAUUUUGGAGGAGGCAGAGGAGCUGCUCAAAGAACACAAAAAACAACCUACAUCUCUUGAAAGACUUUAUGGUAUGAUUACAGAUCUGUUCAUAGAUAAAUUUAAAUUCAAAGGCACUAAUGUGAAAACGAAAGUUCCCCUUCUCCUGGAAAUUUUGGGAAGUUAUGAUCAAAAAGCAUUGAUUGCCUUUUUUGAUAGUGCUGCUUAAAUGAGAAGAAUUGGGCCAGCAAUCUGAAGAUAAAGUAGUGGACAUGGAAAAGGCAUAUUGGAUCUUCAUUUACCUCCAUUUUUAAAUAUAUGUUACUAUACUUUAUUUUAUUGAUUUA